GUCUUUAUUCCGGCAGACUGGGCUUAUCCUAGAGGAUACUUCUUUAUAAAUCUUCUUUCCUAUUUAUAUCUUAUUAAGGCUCUUAUUGUUGCUUUUGUUGGGGUUAUCAAUCCAGUUAUAUGUUACUAUUAUAUCUGUAGCUAUCUCUUGACAACCAUCCACUUUAACAAAUAUAUUCUAACCCCUUUCCAUGCCUAUAUUUUAGUCCCGGGAUAUAUAAAUAGGGUGUAUGCUAAUUGCCUUUAG